AUGGGCGGAGGUUCGUCCUCUCUUCGAGUGAAGAGUCGCUCGUCGGCUGAUUUGGAUAGGCUCAAGCCGACAGCCGAGCAGCGUACGCCCCAAAACGAGGAGCCGAUUAGCUUCGUUAGCGCAGUCUUCAUCGAAGCACUUAUCGCAAAGUUGCCUUUCAAGCGCAAAGGAGGCAAUCGAGAUAAAGUGAAAUCGUUUCGAGAUCUGAUAUCCACAUGGCCGAUUCACGAUGUGGAAGCUUUGUACAGGGGUAACUCUUAUCUCCUUCAUCGCCGCUUGGCUGUUGCUCGCUGUAGCGUUAUAGCAGACUUUCUCGAAGGCAAAGAAGUCAUGGAAAUAGAUCUUGCCAUUCCUGAUGGAAAAGCUUUCACAUCUAAGGAGAUCGGCAUGUUUAUCACUUAUCUCUACACUGACGUAUGGUCUGGCAGUGCAGAAAUGUUGGAGUCUUUACGCAGUUGUCUCGGUUGCAACCAAGAUUUGUUGACGAGUUUGCGGAAUGCCGAGAAAAUGGGUCUCGAAAAUGGGGACUUGAAUAUUGUCCUCACUUCUGCAGCUUCAGUUGGCGACGAGCCGCCUAAAGCGCAUCCCCCAGACUAUAGCAUCCGGUGCGACUCAUCAAUUGUGUCAUCAAGAAGUACAGUCUUUCGUGGGCUUCUUAACCGCGUUGGUGAGCACGGCCGUAUUGUUCUCGAUGAAACAUUACUCCCUCGUGGUUUCGCUCCAGUGGUCAUGCAUUUCCUCUACACGGAUGAGUUGGAUUUUUCAAUGAUCCCUGACACGACUAUCUCUCAGUCUUCGCUGUCGGAAGCACGAGCUAUAGUUGCUGGUCGAAGUCCACACUCACCGCUUCACAGAGCCAUACAGCUAAUCCAUAUAGCUAAAUUUUUUGCUCUGGAAAAGCUUGUUCAA